GAAAAAGUAGGAAGAGCCGAAGAGGGGGAAAAAGAAGAAUUAGCAGUAGAAGAGAAAAACGUUACUUAGUCAAUGUGGUAAUGGCAAAAGCAAAAACGCUACUUGCGUCUUUUUCUUUUGGUCCAUAGCCGCAUUUAGCGCCUCGCUUUUUGCCUUUUUGUCUGAUUCUGUGAGAGCUGUGUGUGUACCAUUCUGCUCCUCCACCGCCGGCAAAAAUUACCGAACGAAAUAUGCCGAGGGAUGGCGGCGGCAGCGGUCGCGGCCGCGGAGGUGCGAGCAGAGUUCAGAAGGAGAGCGAAGCUGGAGCGUUUUUCAUGGCUACUCUAGUGAUGUGGAGCGUCUCAGUUUUCUUCGAAAUCCUCUUCAACAAGCGCUCCGAGCUACUUCCGAUCAUCAUCGGCUUCGCCUUCUUCCAGUUGGCGAACGCCGUCAUUCGGAAGUUCGUCUCACGCGACCCGAUCUUCGUCAACACGUGCGUUUCCCUCAUCCAUUCCUUCAUCACCUCUGCCUCUGUGGUACUAAUCUUGCUGAAUCAGUCAAUGGAGAUUGGUGUGGAUAAGAUGUUUGAACACUCACAACUGGUUGAGGUUACUUGGCAGUGGGCGUACCAAGCUCUGUGCUUCUCGUGCGGUUACUUUGCAUAUGAUCAGUUGGAUAUGUUGCUCUAUCGGUUGUACAGUGGUUGGAUCCCCUCAAUCCUUGUGCAUCACUUAGUGCUCCUAGUUUGCUUCACGCUGGCAUUGUAUCGGAAGAUCACCAUCAACUAUCUUAUCCUCACUCUUGUCUGCGAGCUACAUUCAAUCUUUUUGCAUGUACGGAAAAUUCGCCGUAUGGCUGGCAUCCGUGAUGCUGGGAGCAAGAUUGUGAAAGCAGAAUGGGUUCUUAACUGGUUGACAUUUGUGUUUGCAAGAUGCAUGUCUCACAUUCUUAUCACAGUCAAGCUGGUCAUAGAUGCUUCAAAGUUCGACAAGGGUGUGGAGCUCCCGCUCGCUCUCUCCGGAAUGGCGGGAAUGAAUAUGCUAAAUGUUUUCCUUGGUAUUGAUCUCUUCAAUGCUUACAGAAAAGAGAGCAGGUUUCAGAAGGAUCACAAUAAUAAUCAUCAGGAAUAAUAUAUUUGUUAAUUCUUUCAGUAUCUUGUUUAAAUGCAGUGUCGAAGAGUGUGUUGCUGCUGUGAUAUGACUGUAUCAUCUUGUAAAUCACAUCAUCAUACGAAGAAAUGAAAAAGCUGAAGAAUUAUGUGUUUGGUGUAAA